AUGUACCACACUAAAGGCCCUCGGUCAGUGGAAAGGCGCAUCCGACGGGCGGCUGCGGCCUGCUACCGGUGCCAUAGACGCAAGGUGCGCUGCGAUGCAUCGAUUCUCGGCUAUCCUUGCACAAACUGCGUGCUCGACGGCAGAACCGACUGUACUCUGCGUCCCAAUGCUACGACACGAUUCAAGAAUUUAAAACAGAGCCAGCGUCGAAGCACUGGUCAGAGAUCAGUGCAGCCAAAUGGGGACGAACAGAACACCCUCAAUGCCAGUGAGAAGCCCGGCGAACCCACUCCGCAGCCCUUCAUGUUGCCACCAGCCUCUGGGUUCCCCGAACUGUUGGACUCGCCCGAUCAUACCGAAACGACAUUUGAGAGUGAGUCUGAUGCUUCAAGUCAGAUACUAGAUCCCCAGCCGGUUAUCUCUCCUCGAAUGAGGCUGGACAGUGUUGGUCCUAGCUUUUCUGGGCAACAAUUCCUAGACCUCAAUGCCCUAUCUCCCCUUCCGAUGAGCGUUGUACAUAUUCUCGUGACAAGUGGCUGUCUGGACAUACCCCCCAAGGCUGCGUUGGAUGUCUUCAUCAUGAAAUACUUCCUGCUCGUGCAUCCUUCCGUCCCCAUCCUGGAUGAAGUAGAGUUUUGGAACACAUAUCUCCAACUGGAAGACACCGAGUACGCGCCCAAAAUUUCCCUCUUCCUAUUUCAGGCCAUGCUUCUUUCAAGCUGCGCGUUUGUGCCCGUCGAGAUCAUCCAGCAAUGUGGCUUCAACGAGACAUGCGAAGCAAGAAGAGCAUUUUAUCAGCGCGCUAAGAUGCUGUAUGAUACUAACUCCGAGAGUAACCCCUUAGCAAGAGCCCAAGGCGCCCUGCUGCUGACAUUCCAUACCACAGCCGAAGACCCCGAGGCAACGAUGACCUGGAACAUGUGCGCAAUUCACAACGCAAUCGCUACAGGCCUCGAGCUCCAUCUUACGGUCCAGGACCCCAACAUAUGUGUCAAGAAACGACUGUGGUGGUCUAUUUUUGUGCGCGAUCGCUUCCUGUGGCUUGGCCGUCACCGUCGCCCUCAGUUCACGUCCGCGAAUUUCAACCUGAAUAUUGACGAUCUACAAGAGGAAGAGAUGGCUAACGAAAUCAUGAUGUCCCCAUUUUAUGAGCUAAAUGUCAAACGACUACUGUUCAAAGUGUUCCAGGCCCAAUGCCGGCUCGCCGUGAUCUUAACGGAUGUCAUAAAUAUCUCCUUCUCAGCUUCGGACGGAGAUGCUCCGCGUCUAUCCAUUCACGAGCUUGAUUUAUAUCUCACAAAGAUCAGGGAGGUGCGGGCGGAGCUCACUCGAUGGGAAGAUACGGUUUACUCUCCCUUGCAUCAUACUGGCAUCGCUGAGCCGGAGAGUGUCGGAAUUAUCAUCAAUCUAACUGCCAUGCACUACUAUACCGCUCGCAUGGUUCUGGGCCAUUAUGAGACGCUGCUCGUAGAAAGCCAUCGUGAUAUAAUUCAAGACCGCUCGGCGUCGAUCCUGCUUCCUUUGGCAAAGGACUUGAAAGAUGCUGUGCAUCAGAUCACGCAGAAGCUUGGGUAUUUCAGUUCAAGGAACCUAACGGAGCAUAUUCCAUUGAGUGUGCUUGCUUAUUGCGGUACUCCAAUGGUCCUCGCCGCGAUAGAUGUGAAGCUGUCUGUAUCGUAUUCGGACAUGGUCGAACGAAAGCGCUCUCUUGAUAAAUGCUCCGAGGUCAUUGAUCAAUCACGAAGAGUGUACGACGUCACAGAACUAUUCUCGCAAGGCACAAGUCAGAUCCUGCACCUGGCAUACGCCAUUACAAAAAACCUGCUUCUAGAAAACAAUGUGGCGCAGGCUGGUUCAUCACUGAUCGAACGCCAACGGUGCCUCGAAGACAAUGAUGCAGAGGGCAAGGGACGUGACAGACUGUUGUGCCCUGCGUUUAAACGACUGCGAAUAAGGGGCUGGGCUGAAGCGUUCCUGAAGUAUCCUCGUGCAUAUCUGUUGAUUUCAACGUGUAUUGACUCGAGUCUCGCCACUGGCCGUCUUCCGCGAAACGAACUCCUUCCGCCGAUAAUCAGAGACACGACGUACUUGGUUCUGGGCCUGCCAAAGCUACCGUGGGCAAUAACGCCCUCCAUGAACGCAACAACCGUGUCUGCUGCAGAGAGCGUGCAGAAGGAACAACGCCGGCUGAAAGGUCAACAAGGGAGUACGUCUCUCAACGAUACGUGGUAUUUAAGCCUACUUCACAACGUCGACGGAGAUACGUCUCUUUUCGAUACUUGUCUCCUCGACGACGGAUCGCGUAGCGGUAAUGUCGGGACGGCUGUACAAUGCCUUGAGGAAGAUUAG